AUGGCAGAAACCGAUCAGGUAGAAGCCAUACCGGAGCAGACCCUCAGACAAUUGGCAUACCCAACUAAUCUCAACUUGAGACCGAACGGAAUCACCUUACCAGUAAACCUGUUCGCACCUCGUCGGUAUGAUCUGAAGCCCUCUUUACUUCAGAUCUUACCAAAGUUUAAUGGAUACCCUGGAGAUGAUCCUCACACUCAUCUCCAAGAUUUUGAAAUGACAAUCAUGCAUCAAUCCAGUGACGAGCAGCAAGAGUAUGUCAAGCUGAUACUCUUCCCUUUUACCCUGGUGGACAACGCGGGAAGAUGGCUGUAUGACCUACCCGCAGAUCAAGUGGAGAGUUUUGUAAAGGGCAUGUGGAGAAAUGAUCACAGUUUGGUCCUAGCAGCCUGUAAUGGAUCAUUGAUGAGUAAGACUCCGUUGGAGAUCUUUCAAUUGUUGGGCACCAUGGCAGAAGAAUCCCGCGAUGAAAGGCAUGAAAGAAAUCUAGAAAUACCAAGAAAAACUGAAGAGAAAGAGGAGAUGUCCAAGCUGGAGAAAACUAUGGAGAAAAGCAUGAACGAACUCAAGGAACUUCUAUCGGGUCUAACCAUACCGAAGAAGAUUCGUCAGUGUGGCCUUUGCGAUGCCACCGGGCAUCAGUCUGAAAACUGUCCAAAUUUCGGUGAGGACAUUGUUGAUUAUCAGCUGGGACCACCCCAGCACCACAAUCAGAAACAACAGCAACCUCCGUACCAACCACCACAUCGGAGGGCCCCAUGGGAAGAAACCAUCGAAAACAUGGCUAAGGAGAGCGAGAAAUUUCGCAAUGAAAUUCGUGUCGGCAUGAACCAAACCAACCAGCAGAUUAGUCACUUGACUAAGGCAGUGGCCAAAUUGGAGAAGAACGCUGGUAAGCUCCCAGCCAUGAGAAUCAACCCCAGAGAACACGCUCAAGUCGUGCUAGCUGACUUUCCAGAAGGAGAGGAAAAGGAAGAAGAGUUGUUGGCUGAAGCUGAACUAAUUCUGGGAAAUCUGAAUAAAAGCGGUAAGGAUCUAACUGCUGAACAGACUAGAGGUAGCAAUCUAACCGAUGCACCCUACCCAGGACGCCUGAGACAGAAAGCGAAAGAAAGAGAGGCAAGUGAAAUGAUGAAGAUGUUUCAGAAAGUGGAGCUAAGCAUACCCCUGCUCGAUGCUAUCAGGAAAAUUCCAAAGUAUGCCAAAUUCUUGAAAGACCUUUGUUCGAGAAAAGUCAAGAUGGAGGAAGAAGUCCGCUAUGUGAUGAGAGAGAGUGUCUCGGCGGUGAUCCAACGAAAGCUACCUACGAAGCGGAAAGAUCCAGGGAUGUUUACCAUUCCGUGCAACAUUGGCGGAACAAACAUGGAUAAGGCCAUGAUGGACUUGGGAGCUUCCAUUAAUGUGAUGCCAUUGGCUGUAUAUAGGAGAUUAAAUAUUGGUGAGAUGCGGAACACUCGUGUGGUCAUACAGUUAGCUGACAGAUCCAACGCCUAUCUUGAAGGAGUGGUGGAGGACGUAUUGAUUAAGGUCGGGGAUUUGAUUUUCCCAGCUGACUUCUAUGUUCUAGACACCGGACCAGAAACUGGAGAGAAUGCCAUACUAUUGGGGAGACCAUUCAUGAUGACCGCGGGAACCAAGAUCGACAUAAAAACUGGAAUUUUGACAUGUGAAUUCGAUGGAGUUCAAGAAGAAUUCAACAUCUAUGAAACCAUGAAGAGGAAAUAA